GCUUACAAGGGAAACAGGGAGAGAGAGGUCAUUGAAUGUAGCAGUCCUCGGUAUUUAUUUACUAAAAUGCUGAAUGAGGGGCCCACCUUUGUAAGAGGACAUUCUAAGGGAAAUUCUGAGAUUGUGAGCUGUAGCUCUUUCUCUUCCCGCUCGGUUUGGCUGAUUUCCAAAGCAUCCAGGCCAGCAAUUGAGGGACUGAAAUAUAAUCAGUGGCGAUACAUUUGCACCACAUGAAACAUUCUCUGUCGCCAAAGGCUCCAGUGGCAUUGGGAACAGCAUACCAGCAACAGCUCCUGGCUGCCCGGCUCUGCAGGGAGGGGCUGUUGGAUCACAAUGUCCCAGCAGAAGUGCAUUGUAAUCUUCGCCCUGGUCUGCUGCUUUGCCAUUCUCGUUGCGUUGAUAUUUUCGGCUGUGGACAUCAUGGGAGAGGAUGAGGAUGGACUCUCAGAAAAAAAUUGCCAAAAUAAAUGUCGCAUUGCCCUGGUGGAAAAUAUCCCUGAAGGCCUUAACUAUUCAGAAAAUGCACCAUUUCACUUAUCGCUUUUCCAAGGCUGGAUGAAUUUACUCAACAUGGCCAAAAAGUCUGUUGACAUAGUGUCUUCCCACUGGGAUCUCAACCACAGUCAUCCGUCAGCAUGUCAGGGUCAACGUCUUUUCGAAAAGUUACUCCAACUGACUUCGCAAAAUAUUGAAAUCAAGCUAGUGAGUGAUGUAACAGCUGAUUCAAAGGUAUUAGAAGCCUUGAAAUUAAAGGGAGCUGAGGUGACCUACAUGAACAUGACCGCCUACAACAAGGGCCGGUUGCAGUCCUCGUUCUGGAUUGUGGACAAACAGCACGUGUACAUCGGCAGUGCCAGUUUGGACUGGCGAUCCCUGGGACAGAUGAAAGAACUCGGGGUCAUCUUCUACAACUGCAGCUGCCUGGUCUUAGAUUUGCAAAGGAUAUUCGCUUUAUAUAGCUCUUUGAAAUUCAAGAGCCGAGUCCCUCAGACCUGGUCCAAGAGGCUGUAUGGCGUCUAUGACAAUGAAAAGAAAUUGCAACUUCAGUUGAAUGAAACCAAGUCUCAAGCAUUUGUGUCGAAUUCCCCCAAACUCUUUUGCCCUAAAAACAGAAGCUUUGACAUCGAUGCCAUCUACAGCGUGAUCGACGACGCCAAGCAGUAUGUGUAUAUCGCGGUCAUGGACUACCUGCCCAUCUCCAGCACAAGCACCAAAAGGACUUACUGGCCGGACUUGGAUGGGAAAAUCAGAGAAGCGCUAGUUUUGCGAAAUGUUAAAGUUCGACUCCUUAUAAGCUUCUGGAAGGAAACUGAUCCCCUUACCUUUAACUUUAUUUCGUCUCUUAAAGCUAUUUGCACUGAAAUAGCCAACUGCAGUUUGAAAGUUAAAUUUUUUGAUCUGGAAAGAGAGAAUGCCUGUACUACAAAAGAGCAGAAGAAUCACACCUUUCCUAGAUUAAACCGUAACAAGUACAUGGUGACAGAUGGUGCAGCUUAUAUUGGAAAUUUUGACUGGGUAGGGAAUGAUUUUACCCAGAACGCGGGCACAGGCCUUGUUAUCAACCAAGCAGAUGUGAGGAACAACACGAGCAUCAUUAAGCAACUUAAAGAUGUAUUCGAGAGGGACUGGUACUCACCCUACGCCAGAAGCUUACAGCCAACUAAACAGCCGAACUGCUCCAGCCUGUUCAAACUCAAACGCCCCUCCAACAAAACUGCCACAAACAACGCGAGUGGGAAGGACCCCACGAGUGUGUAACACAAAUGAACGUGCUGACAGCUUGUAUUUCAUAUUUAUACAUAAAGGACUUGAGGAGAGAAAAUCGAUUUAAUAUGUCUUUUUUAGGGGAAAAAAAAGCACACUUGUAGAAAAUCAUCUCUGAACGCCAUGUUCUAACCAUAUCUUCGCGGCGUGUACACGAAAUUUAAGACUUUUGUAUUUGUUAACUUCUGACAGAGAAUGUCAUUUUUGGCUUGGAAGUUAGUUUUUACGUUUGCAUACAAAUUUUACGACUUUGAUGCCUCUUUCUUUCUAGUUUUAGAACUUUUUCUGCUGACUCGCCUGGUCCAGUCUUAGGAAGCUUAGCAUGAGGUAAGCUCUUUAACCCCAUUCUGAGAACCGCUGACUGAGAGAGCAAAGUGACAUCUCGCCUUAGAGAAGAGAUCAAACCAAGUAUUUAUCCUUAUAAACCAUCUCCAGGGCCUAUAAAGUCAUCUAAGCGUGAAAUUCUCAUGCCAGCCUUCAGAGCCCUGGAAAAACACUCUCUUUGCCUCCUUGUUUAUUUUCUUCUAAUACUGUACCUUUAAUUUUGUAUCAUUUUUCUUUUCACAAAAUGUUCUUAUGAUGUAGUGUCCCUACAUUCACCUCAACACUAGUUCCAAGUGUGAUAAUACCUUUUGAAAGUAUAUGAAUUCCUCAGAAAUGAAUACAAAAUGGAAAUAGCAGUCUUUAAUUUUCACCUUUCAGCUACAUUUUCCCCUACCAAGUUGGUGGUAUUUUAAAACCACAGCCAGCAAUAUAUAUCCUUUCUCUCAAGCUCAGAAAAAUUAUGUAGUCACCUGCUAAUACCCAGCAAGCAAUUAAGUCUGCAUUAUGAGAAUAGAGUAGUUUUUUCCCAUUUUAUGUCUAGUUCAUGGUAUUAUAAAGGAAAGAUCUCUAUGCGUCAGUGGAUUUUAAUUUCUUUAGAAUCAUUAUGCUGUUAAGAGUAUGCCAGCAAACGUUUCUAGAGCUAUUUAAUAUACCUUCUGCUAUUUAAUAUACCAAAUGCUUUUCAGAGAAAUGCAAUUUAAAUACUGUGCUUAACAUAUUUUACUAAGAAACAAAAAUAUUGGAUUAUUGUUCUAUAAUGUCAUUGUGUGUUGUUGUUUUCUAUCUAUACAAUAUAUAACCCUAUAUUAACGGAGACUGUUGCUACCCUGGAGAGAGCACGGCCUCUUCGGAGCCCAGAGCCAUCAGGCUGCCCAGUCUUGAUGCACCAGACUCUCUGGCCUGGAAGUCCCUACGUUCCUUGGCCUUGGGUUUCUAUUGGUAAUGUAGGGACAGUAAAUACUCACCUACCUCGGGAAGAUGUUGUCACGGUAGGAAAUAUUUAUAAUUUAUUUUGAAAUCAAAAGAACCUAUAUAAAUGCAAAAUAUUGUGAUGUAGAAUCUUUUUCUUGAAAUGAUUUUGUGGUAUCCUGAUAGACUCAAUACCAGGCUCUCCCAGAGAACCUCCACGGAGAAACAAAUCCACAGCUUCCAGUUGCAAAUGGGGAGCAACACAGCAUUGCCAAAACCCUGCUAGAGACCAGGAUGGUCAUCGUUUUGUCGGGUCACUUGGGCAUAAAGAACACCAAGACAAAACUAGCCAUUGUGCUAGGGAUUAUCUUUAGGACCAGUAUGUGCAUGUAUUUUCAGAGCAAAGAAAAGCAAUCUCAAUGGUUUCUAAUAUGCUAGAAUGAGUGAAGAAGGAACCUAUGAAUAUUAUCCAGUGGGUUUGCUUGAUGUACAAUGGCUAUUGUUGGUCAUCCAGCCAUCACAUAACUUCCUUUCUUGUUGUUUCCAAGUAUUGCUUUACUGGGUAUUUAACAGGCAGUGAAGAGCUGGAAGAGAGCUGUAUUUUAAGGGCAGCAUGUUUUUAUGAAUGACUGGGGGAUUCUUAAUGAAACUCCCCAUCAAUAAUGGCCAGCCGAUAGGGCCGGCCGAGUGUCUCAGUUGGUUAAGAGCUCGCUCAAGAGUUUGAGCUCUGAGCAACAGCGGUUCAAUG